GCGAGAAACUGUGAAACGGUGGCCGAGAGCGGUAUUUUCCGGUUGUGUAUAAAUAAAUAGUGCUGCCGGUUACCGUCAACGAGCAAGCUCACUUCAUUGAUAGCGUUCGAUCGGGACGGUGCCCACUCGGAGACAGUCAGUGUGUUGUACGAAGAAAGCAAGUGCGAAAGGAUUCAUUAAAGUGCCCCGGUGCAAGUGCAAGUGUGAUUAAAGAUUAAAAAAACCCAACAUUAACGUGCUGAGUGCGUUCGAUAAGGAUAUUCUGAAUUUAAGCAGUAAAAGAAAAGAAAAGAUUGUUUGUGAAGAUGGAGUAUAAAAGCAGUAAGAUGGUGAAUUCCCUUCGGCUGGUGUUGGUGAUAGUUUGUCUGGUUAGCCUUAUGCCACACAUCACGGCAAAACCAUCAAAUGUACGGCAUAGUAAACAAUUGCGCAUCAUAGAUGAUCUUCUGCGUAGCAGGACAGCCUCGUCCGAAAGGAUCCGCGAACACAAUCCGAACCAUCAACACCACCGUAGAUCCGUAGACUACGAGGAUUACUACGACGAAGAUUAUAAUCGGAUGCGACAAUGUUUCGAAGAUGAGGACAUUAACGAGCUUUGCCAGCGCUGUUCGAAAGUAACAAAGUCAUCGAUGGUAUUCCCCAUGUGCUGCAACAAUGAGGAUCACACGAUGACAUGGUGCAAAGAGUACGUUUACUAUGGGAUACAAACGUAACCGGCCAGACAGAAGACAGAAGUAGACAAAGUUCCGAAUAGAAUUUCUCGUUCCAAGUUUAUCAAUAACUACGUUUAACAUUAAUUGAUCGCUUAAAACGUACUUCAACGAUAGUAUUUAUUAUUGAUAGAAAACAUCUCUCAUCGCCAUCGGUUAUUUAUUCACGGAAAAAACGAUUAAACGAUCGUAAACAUCACUUCAUCGGUUUAUAUCUCAACAAAACACAAAAACGCAUAAAGCCGUCUUUAGUAAUUGUGAUUGUACAUACAUUUCUGAUCACUUUCCAGUAAUAUUGUGCAUAAGUGAAUCAUAAAUAUAAAACUUAACUAAAGGCAGGUACUUAGCCUUGAACAAAGUAUUUCACGAAUAAUGUUCACGUAUGAAAAGGUUGCGAUCAGCUUCAGUAAUUAAGUAGACUAAUUAGGGCAAUAAUAAAUCAGCUUUAAAUGUAUAAAAAAGAA